GUGCUUCGAAAAUUUCGUAAUGCGACAAAGUACGAGUCAAUAAUCGUAAUCAAUCUCCGAGUCCGGUUCCGCUUGGACCUCGCGCUUUCGAUUCCCUCGGAUCCAAGCGGCUUGAUGGACUUCUGACUCAAGAAUAUUUGCAGGAAUAAAUCACUGGGGCACUCGUGGUCUACAAGCUUAAGAUGAUCUGCUCAACCGUACCGGCCCGCGGUUGAUUCAAAUCAAUCUGGUAUGGUCUGGCAUGACUUGCAGUAUUAGGUUCCGCUUUUGGAACCCUAAUUUGCUACAGUAUGGUUCAAAUGGACUCUCUUCGUGGCUCAGGCAGCCAAAUUGUCGUCAUGCACUCCAUGCAAGAACUAUUCUGCGUGCUCGCAUGAUGUCUGGAGACUCCUUCGGUUCUCUGACCGACGUCGAGAAACUAAUGCUGGAUAGUGUCAAGGCAACAGGUCCUAUAUCAUUCUCGACGUUCAUGCAACUCAGUCUUGGGCACCCCACAUAUGGGUACUACAUGAAGCCAGAACAUGCUGUCUUUGGCACCCAAGGUGAUUUUAUCACCAGUCCUGAGAUUAGCCAAAUGUUUGGCGAGCUUGUUGCGCUAUGGGUGUUAAGGCAGUGGAUGGAUACGAAUGUUAAAGGACCCUUCCGAGUGGUAGAACUUGGACCUGGCAGGGGGACAUUGAUGGACGACAUACUUCGGGUUUUGAAACAGCUUCCUGCAGCACUCGGACAAUUAAAGAGCAUUCACUUGGUCGAGAGCAGUGCGACUAUGCGUGCAUUGCAGGAAAGCAAGCUUCGCAAGGCUUCUCAGGAGGGUAAAUUCGAGAUAAUGUGGCAUGAUGCAAUCGAAGAAAUUGAGCACGAGGAAGACGUCUUCACCAUGCUAGUAGCUCAUGAGUUUUUCGACGCCCUUCCCGUGAACGUCAUCGAGAGAACUCAACAAGGUUGGAACGACGUGCUAAUUGCCCCCUCAAGUGAUCCAAGCAUCAAAUACGCCAUGCCCUCUUCGGAGUCAGACUCUCCCCCACAAUUGCAUCCUACAUCUUCGCGUUGGACGCGUGUUCUCUCUCCAAAUCCAACAGCAUCAUCGACCCUCCUCGGACUUGCUUCUCCUCGGUUCUAUUCGCUCCCCGUUGGGACGCGUAUAGAGGUAUCCAGAGCGUCCAUGAACCAAGCACGGGGUAUAGGGAAACUCAUCGACACCAAAGGCAAAGGAUGUGCGCUUGUCGUCGACUAUGGUGCAGACAAAGCCUUUAGCGAUUCCUUGCGGGCCUUCAAACAGCAUGAAAUCGUUGAUAUCUUCUGCCGUCCCGGAGAAUGUGACGUCACGGCGAAUGUCGAUUUUGCAUUGCUGAAAGAGUCUAUGGCUGACCUUGUCUCGACACAUGGUCCCAUCUCCCAGCGUGACUUCCUCACGCGCAUGGGCAUAGAAAUCCGGGCCGACGCUCUUGUGCGUUCGGCUUCCUCUCCAGAGAGGAAAAAGGCGAUCGAAGAUGGCGCGAACAGGCUCAUUGAUCCCCUUGGGAUGGGUGAGCAGUACAAGGUGCUCGGAGUUGUUGCGAAAAGUAGCGGAGAAGGCCAAGAUGCUGGUGAGGUUUGGCCAUUCACUGUAGUCCAAGAGAGUGCACAACAAUCCCUUUAAUCGUCAGACCGGUAUAAGAUACAAGUUCACAGUAUGUACAAUACAUAGUAAGGGGCCUGAAAACCAGCGGCAUGCCCACAUAAACAAUUGCCAGCUCACCAUCACAAAAACGCAC